AUUUCCUACUUGAAUUCUUACAGGGUGAUUUCACUUGGAACAGUAUGUCAGGGCGCAGCGUUCGUUUGAAAUCUGUUUCUAUUCAGAGCCUUUCAGAACUGGAGCGUGCCCGACUACAGGAAGUGGCCUUCUAUCAGUUGCAGCAGGACUGUGAUUUAGGAUGCCAAAUAACUAUUCCUAAAGAUGGACAAAAGAGGAAGAAAUCAUUGAGAAAGAAACUGGAUUCCCUUGGAAAAGAAAAAAACAAAGAUAAAGAAUUCAUACCCCAGGCUUUUGGAAUGCCUUUAUCACAAGUAAUAGCAAAUGAUCGGGUACACAAAUUGAAGCAAGAUAUUCAUAGAGAAGAGCAGAGAGAUGUUUCAGAAUUUGUAACAUCACUUUUACCUUUUGGGAGUAAAAGACAGAACAAAGAACUCUCAAGCAGUAAUUCAUCUCUUAGUUCCACCUCGGAAACACCAAAUGAAUCUACUUCACCCAAUACACCAGAACCAGCCCCCAGGGCACGGAGAAGAGGUGCAAUGUCAGUAGAUUCUAUUACCGAUCUUGAUGAUAGUCAGUCUCGAUUACUAGAAGCUCUACAGUUAUCCUUGCCUGCUGAAGCACAGAACAAGAAAGAAAAAUCCAGGGACAAAAAGCUAAGCCUCAAUCCUAUUUACAGGCAAGUUCCUCGGCUUAUAGAUAGCUGCUGUCAGCAUUUAGAAAAACAUGGUCUCCAGACAGUAGGCAUAUUCCGAGUUGGGAGUUCAAAAAAAAGGGUAAGACAGUUACGUGAAGAGUUUGAUCGUGGUGUGGAUGUAAUAUUGGAUGAAGAACAAAGCAUUCAUGAUGUAGCGGCUUUAUUAAAGGAAUUUCUUCGUGAUAUGCCUGACCCACUCCUGACCAGAGAGCUUUACACUCCUUUUAUCAGCACACUCUUAAUGGACCCUCAUGAACAACUGAACACUCUACAACUUCUAAUUUAUGUUCUACCUCCCUGCAACUGUGACACCUUACAUCGACUCCUUCAGUUUCUAGCUACUGUAGCCAGCCAUGCAGAAGACAGAAAAGAUGAAGAUAGCCAGGAAAUUCCUGGGAACAAAAUGACAUCACUCAACCUAGCUACCAUAUUUGGACCUAAUUUAUUGCACAAGCAGAAGACAACAGACAAAGAAUUUACUGUUCAAAGCACAGCACGUGCUGAGGAGAGUGCUGCCAUUAUUGCUGUUGUACAGAAGUUGAUAGAAAACUAUGAAAUGCUCUUUAUGGUCCCAGCCGACCUUCAAAAUGAAGUUCUAAUUAGUCUGCUUGAUACUGAUUCAGAUGUUGUAGACUAUUUGCUGAGAAGGAAAGCUUCCCAGUCAUUAAGCCCUGAAAUGCUUCAGUCUGAAGGGUCAUUCUCCAUAGAAGGUAGACAUUCAUCCAUAGACUCAAACAGAACCUCAAGUGGCGAUAUAUCACCAUAUGACAACAACUCUCCAGUGCUAUCUGAAAGAUCUGUUUUGGCAAUGCAAGAAGAUAUGUCCCUCACUUCUGAUAAGUUACAUAAAGUACCAGAACAGAGCACAUUAGGUAGCAAUUUUCAGCCAAAAUCAAAAGAGAAUUCCUUUGAUGUGUCAGAGGACAGUUUCCACAUCUGGGGCACCUGGCAUUCAACUCUGAAAAGUGGUUCCAAAGGGCUGGGAAUAAUAGAGUCAUAUAGAGACAUCUCUGAGAGCAGCUCCUUGCGGCCAGGGCAGUGCUCCCUUUCUCAAGGCAGCCUGUCAUUGUCUUCUCCUCAGUGGCGGGAAAGCAAUACAGAGCUAGAUAAUGAAAAACAAAUCAUCCAAAGGAGUCAGACAAGAGCUGCCCUUUCUGGUUGCCAUUUGCAUCCCCCUCUGUCUCAAAUCUAUAGCACCCCACAGAUUGAAGUAGGUAGGAAGAAUUCCAGCCUGUCCAAUUCAAAACAUCAUUCACCUAUAAGAUAUACAGAGAACUUGAUGGAGCAUGAUUCAGAUGCAACUUACCUGCAUGCUGCAUUUAAGCCAUCGCCUCUAAGGCAAGCUGAAGUAAUUCAAAAAAAUAGACCACCACCUCCUUAUUCUGAAACAGCAAAACAAAGCAACUUAUCAUCCCCCCAGCCAGCAGUAUCUUCUACAGCGUAUCCAUUGUGGAAGCUUCAGAAGACAGACUUAUCUGGGGCCCAGGGAAUGAGGAUCAUCACUCAGGUGCCUGAACAACCUACCCAGCAUGAGGAGCAACAGAACCAAAAUGAAAGAAAGUACUCCUUUCCAGAUAUUGAGCAGAACAGUAAAGAUUUGUCAGAGACAGACUGGCAUGGUUGGCAAAGCGAUCGAUGGCAAAUUUGGGAGAUUUUAUCACCUGACAAUCCAGAUGUGCUCCCUGAAACAUUAGUAUGAGUGGAGAAAUCAGCAGGUCUUUUCGAAGUAGGAAAAACUGGUAAUGGUGGACGGGAUUUAUACUGAAUUAUUUUUUAAAGUUUUAAUAAAAUUAAAUUUAUUAAAAGAAUUUUAAUAGCAGUGUAAAAUUUAGUGACACAUUUUUGGGGUUUUGUAGAAGGAAAUUUGAGAUGGCAAUUUCAGUCCAAACUACUCUGUGAAAUAUAAGCUGUGUAUACAAUAAAAAUGACCCAGGUUUUGUUAAGAUACAUUUAUGUAUCUGCAGCUCAAAUGAUUGUAUAUUAUGCCGAUGUUUUGUGCACAAUUGCAUUGUAUUUAUAUGCAGAAAAAUGCUUUUUUGAAAAUAUCUUUUAAUCAUGCACUGCUAAUAUUAAUAUACAACAUAUUGAUAUCAUUGGAAAUGCACAAACUGGCUUCUAUGCUUUUAAUUAAUCUGUUUGUGAAAGAUGUAUAUUUUCACUGACAAAUAAGGUGGAAUGAAAACAUUAAAAGCCAUAUAUUUUAUAGUAAGGAAGUUAAAGAGUAUCUAACAUACUAUUUGCUUGCAAAGAAAAUUUAAUGACCAUAUAUUUUUACUCUUUUAGAAAGCAAUUCCAGUCACCUCUUCAUAAACAUGUCCAUGCGUAUACCAUAUACAAAAAGAUCCCAAAGAUUCUUCUACCCAUUCCACGUUAGGCUUGUAAAAUUUUGACAUGAAUAAGAAAGUACAGAAGAGGGUGUUUAUAAAGUUUUGUUAAAACUGUUUAUGUGACAGACCCUUUUGAAUUUUCAAUAUUUCUUUAUAAAUAUGAACUAAAAUGUGAUCUGCUCUCCCCAUAAACUAGAUAAAAAGAACCCAAUUAAAUAAAUGAGCCAAAAUCCCCAACCCUUAUAUAUUUAUUAAGGAAAAUUAUCUAAAGCUACAUAUCCAAAGCUACAAAAACUAAAUGAACCUUUGCUUUUCAGUAACUGGUAUGCCCCUGUUGGAGAACAAUAACAACAACUAAACGUUUCCAAUAACUGUUGAUCCUGCACAUUAGCUUGGAAGAAUUCUAGCUCAUUCCUCCUUUAGUUCAAGAAUGGUCAGCUUCUUUGCAUAAAUAGUCCUUUCAGGUUUUUCCACAAGCCUUCCAUAGGAUUACAGUGAGGAAUUUGAUUUAAUCAUUCCAAACUAACUUUCUUCUUUAACCAUUCUUUGGUUGUGCAACUUGAGUAUUUGGGAUCAUUGUCUUGAUCUUUUUUUCUGAGUUUCAGUUCAUGGACAGUAUACUGAUAUUUUCCUGAAGAAUUUGCUGGUACAAUUCAGAAUUCCAUCCAUGAUGGUAAACUAUCUUGUUUCAGAGGUACAAAGGAGGCUCAAACCAUGAUACUGCCACUACCAUGAUUCACAGAUAAAUUUCUUAUGUUACAAUAUAUAUUUGCCAAACAUAAUGCUUUUCAAUCAAGCCCAAAAGUUUUAUGUUGGUCUCACUUUCCAUAAAAUAUUCUUUCAAUAGACUUCUGACUUAUAUAUGUGGUCUUUUGCAAAUUGUAGAUGAGGUGAGCAGCAAUGUCAGCUUUAUUUUUUAUAUAUCUCCUUUGUAUGAGCUAUGACAACUUUCUACAUACCCAGAAUCCUGUUCUUUAAAUAAGGCAGGACCUUCCAUACUCACAGUUGAUUAUCAUCCCAUGGAUUGAAACACCUGACUGAUAAUCCUAGAGGUUCAUAUACUGUACAUGUUUUAAAUCAUUCUCCAAUAAACAAAUGAACAAG